CUCAGUUUCACACAUGAAAAUGUCUCUGGUACAACAACUCUCAAAUCUAUCAUUGGUCGUUUCAGUUUCUUCUCCUUUGGGCGUCAUCAUGUCUGAGAAAACUCAAACCUUUUGCAAAGCAUCUUCCCCCAAUCCCAACUCAUCCACUUCCUCUCUUGAAGGUUCCCACUCCAAAGUUCGCGUCUUUGUCAGGAAAAAUAAAAAACCCAGAAGCAUGGCUGUCAAACUUGAAGAAGAGGACCGUUUUCCAUCAACCCAGGAUCACAAGGUUCCUGCUACACAGAAGUUUGGCCUUCCAGAAAUUGAAGAAUUUGCGUACUGUGGAGCAAAUAAAUUGACUCGGCGCGGUCAGUACCUUUUUUUCCCUUUAGUUUACAAUGUUGAUUGAUAUUACCUGCUUUCCCUUGUGCCAUGUUGAACCAUUUGUUUACAGCAUUAUCUUUUAUGUGCUUUGCAUAUUUACUUUCACAACAGCUACAUGGUCCCUUUUUAGUAGUAUCAUGAAUGUUUCACAG